AUGGCCAAAUUCUCGAUCCACGACCUGCUCGGCUCUGCAGUAAGCCUAAACAACAACACCCUGGCCAAUACCGUACUCCUUCCGACGACGAGUGCUGUGCAGUUGCCGCAUAGUGAGGAUGAAAAUGACCUCAAGCUCGAGAUCGACGUCCUGGAAGACGACGAGAACCUGGAGGACUCGAUGGCCAGCCACGUCACCGAAGAUUCUGGAACCCCACCAGUUUCCGGAACCCCAGACGAUUCGUCCCCUCAAACGUCUCCGGAAUCCGGACCUGAUCAGAGUGACUCCGGGUCUCCGAAAAAGCCAAACCUCAGCUACAACUCGUUGAUAAUGUUGGCGAUACGGAAUAGUCCGGAAAAACGG